AUGGUGGUCGCAGCUAUAACACAAACCCUAAUCUUAAGGCUUCUUCUCGUCUUCUUCCUCUCUGUAAAUUUCCAAACCAUGGUUCAGCCCCGAAGCUUGGCAAGUGAAGACCUUGCUAUCGCUAAAAACUACCUCCAAGCAUUCGGAUAUCUAGCCCAGAAUAAUGGCUCGACCCCUCUAGAAGAUCAUAUGGAGGCAGCAACGAGGAAGUUUCGGGAACUUUAUAACCUUAAUGUUUCUGGCAAACUUGAUGAUGAAACCAUGAAGGCAAUGUCGAAGUGUAGAUGUGGAGUGCCUGAUACUUAUCGAGGACAACCACGUACGUGGCCUCCAAACAAGAGACAUCUCACGUACAGCAUCAAUUCCUCCCAGGUUGAGACCAUGUCCCUUGACAUACUAAGACCUGUUUUCCGGCUGGCAUUCGUACAAUGGUCUCAGGUCACUAGUUUCACGUUUGCUGAGGCGGCAUUCGGCACGGCAUCCGACAUCGUGAUCGGGGUUUAUUGCAGCGAUCACGGCGACAGUUUUCCGUUCGAUGGCCCGGGGAAUGUGUUGGCACAUGCUUUUCCACCAACAGAUGGAAGGCUUCAUUAUGAUGGUGAUGAACAAUGGAGCAGUCUUGUUCCACCACAGCCUGAUGAUGCAUUUGACUUGGUUUGGGUGGCGAUUCAUGAAAUAGGGCAUCUUCUAGGACUUGCACAUAGCAAUGAUCCGAGUGCGAUCAUGUUUGCUGAGGUAGAUUCUGGAAAAAAUAAGAGGACUUUGGGUGCUGAUGAUAUUGCAGCCAUAAAAGCCUUAUAUCCUCAUGCAUGA